AUGGCUGAAGCAGAGGAUUCAGCUUCGGAAGCAGCUAAAGAAUCUGAGACACCGAAAAAAAUACGUCCAGACUAUGGCGCCUUUGGUGAGGUUUUGUACCACCUGGUGUCUUUCACUGAGGGUUACGAGCAGCAGGUGUUGUACUUGUGCGUUAGAACCUUCGAGUCCAGUUUAGGCUUCAACAAGCAGCAGCAGACGAUGCUGAUGACCGUGUCUAUCAUGUCGCGGUUGUGCUUCUCACUAGUUUGGGGUCUGCUGGCGGACGCGUUUGAGACUAACCUGGUGAUGUCUGCUGGGUUGUUAUUCAUGGGCAUCGCCUCGAUUCUGCUAAGCUCCACGUCCAAGUACUCGUCAAUCCUCUUUUUGCGCUUCUUACACGGCGCUGCAUUCGGUUGUAUUUAUCCAGUACAACAAAAGAUUGUUGCGGAUGAAGAUGAUGAGGGUGAUGAGAGCAGUAACAGCACCUUCACCCGUCUUCACGCUUUGAAUUGCAUUGGCCGUAUGCUGUGCGCCGCAAUAACCACGGAGGCUGCUCAGAAUGUGCUGUUGGGUUUUGUUGGCUGGCGUAUCUCGUACAUCGUGUUGGGUUACAUGUGGAUUUCGGUUGGCAUCGCGAUUAUAUAUGGACUGCAAGCUAAGGAGGAGGUGGUCUCUCCGUAUGACUCCGUGAACUACUUUGUCACCCAAUUGUCCGGAGCGUUUAAGGCUGUUUUCACGAGUGGAACCGCUUUUCUGUCCAUAUUUACGAUGUUGAUUGCGGAGGCCCCUAUGUGCUCUCUGCCGUACAUGAUCACUUAUCUGGAGUACUUGGGAGUGUCCGACAAGAAUGUGGGAAUCGCGAUAUUGGUCACAACGAUUGGCGGCGCAGCAGGGACUGCAGCUGGAGGAAUAGUUCUCGAAAAAAUUGCGGGUUUGCAUACGGAUUAUGGCGAGAUGAUUGCUGGCAUCGUUGUGAUGGGCGUGCGAUUGAUCGUUUGUGUGUUGUUCUUCCUGUCGCCGGCGCCAGAUGGGCGUUUAAUGUGGUAUCAUUAUGUAGAGUUUGCGAUUCUUGGGGUGACCUUGGUUACUGUUGGCGGAGUGGAUAGACCUAUUAUGAGGAAAGCCAUUGAAGACAAGUACCAGGCCAGCGCAUCCGCCCUAAUCCAGUGCAUAUCCGGCAUUUCGAUCAGUGUCAGUUUUGUGGAGAUCUUCGCGUACGUGUCGGAGAAGCUGCUUGGUUACGCCCCGUCAACACAGACAAUUGAUGACAUGGACGCAGAUCUCAAAGAGAACAACACCGAGGCCCUGAGGAAGUCGACCAUGUACAUGAUCGUGAUAGGCUCACUGCUCAAUAUUGCCUGCUACAUUGCGUUGAUUUUUACAUAUAAAAAGGAAAGGCCGGAAAUUAAGAAAAAAAAUGAGGUAUGGCAUAAAGAGAGGGUAGAAAAGCAGACAGCAAUGAAGAGGAAAAAAAGGGAAGAGGUGGCAGUACAAGAUCCAUCGGUAAAGGCAGUAGAAAUGCCAGUGCCAGAGGAAACGGUGUCAGAUAAAGACACAGAGAGUAGUUCAGAUGAGAAGGAAGUGCCCGUGGUUGAAGGCGGAGAUACGUCGCCUACAAGUAUGUCACCAACAACUAGGAGCGAUUACUCGGAAGGUUAUAUGACAGAGGAAGAGGAAACGAAACGGAGAGAGGAAAGACAAAAGCUAGAGGAAGAAAGGACUGCGUUAGCGCGCCAGAAGCAAAAUAGUAGCCGAUGA